ACAAAGAUGGCGGACGAAGAGGUGGGAUCAACACAAUAUGCAGAGGAAAGGUGGUCGUUGUUGAACUCGUUGAAAUGUACAGUAGAAAAUAUUAUUAUGUCCAAUUUUGGAAGUAGGCAAGUUACUACAGGUAGUUUUCCGCAAGUCAAAAUUGAUUUGGAACGCAUAUUUAAGCAUGGACAACGCAGACAACAAAGACCUGGUCAAGACAUGGGUGAGAGAAAUACCCUGGUUUUUGUUUCCUCAUUUGAUGAAAAUGUUCAAGGGAAUCUAACUGAUACUAAGGAAGAAAUGUUAGAGAAAUUACAUCAAGUUUUCCUUGAUGGCUUGCUGUCUGCCUCCAAUUUGUCUGAGCUGGUUAACAACAGAGAAAAAAUUAAUUGUUUCUACCAAGACUAUGCAUUUCUGAGAAGCAUUCCGCAUGUAGAAGCAAUGUGCACUUGUAUACAAGCUUUGGAGAAUGGUGACUGUCAGCUGCUUGCUAAAAUUGAUAACAUUCUGCUGAACAAGAAAAAGAACAUUGAUCUGUGGUUGCAGGAAAGUGUGAGCUUUAAGACUGGUUUACUCCAGUUCUCCAUCAUACACAAGGAAAUCCAGGGAAAAGAUGUGGAAGAGCCUACAUCAUCAAACAGCUCAGGUUGUAGUAAUGAAAAGGACUUCUGUCAAAGUGCCACAUUGUACAGUUCACCAGAGGAUAGUAACAUUGAAAUAACUGAUGAAUCAGUUUACUCUUCAGUUGAUUUACAGGAAAACCUACAAUAUUGCCCUGAGUCUGGCCUUAAAUUUUUGUGUUUACCCAAAAAUAUGGAUGAUCAAAGCCUUGGGGAUAAGUGUUUAGCAAGAGGCGGAUCUCAUAGAGAGCAAAUAGUUAGAAAAAAUGGCAAGGCAACUUGGUCUUCACAGGCUUCUACAACUUUUGGACCCUUGAAAACAAGGGAUAGUGUAAGAGCAACUCUGGCUUAUGCAGCACUGUCUGCUGUAUUUGAAAGUGAUGAGGGUAUCCCUUACACUGCAAUGUGGCUGGAUGCUACUGAUGACCGAAAAUCAUGCAAAGUGAGAAGAGCAAGCACUGGAAGUCUUGACCACACUUUUUUGCAUCCUCAAACUGAAAAAGUAAACAAUGGGAUGUUAGAUCCAGCCAACUUUGAAUCUACCUCAAUGGGAUCAUGUGGUAAAAAUGCUAUUGAGUCUGUUACAGAAUAUCAAAUUAGGAAAGCUAUUGGACACAAUAGGUCAAAGUCAGAUCAGCUAGGUGUGACACAAAGUCAGAAGCAUGAGUUUAUUAAUAAUCUGGCAAUAAGUGGUGCAAACAAGGAAAACUCCUCCAGUGAUCUUAACAGACUGUCAUCAUCACUUCCUACUACAUCAGAAUCUCAGUACUGCCUUGACCCAUACAUGGAUGACCCUUAUCAAGAACAAUCACUGGCCACAAUUCUAGCAUCACAGGAUUUCAGUUCUUGUGAAUUAGACAAGGAGAAUGCCCAUUUUAGUAUAUCUGAAGCACUGAUUGCGGCAAUUGAACAGAUGAAGUGCGAUACUGUCAAUACAUCAGAGGAGGAAGAGGAGGAGGAUGAAGAAAUUCUUUACUUGAAGAAAGAACUUGAGAGGAAGAGGUGGGAGAAAAGGCGAAGAAAACAUUUGCAAGAACAGGCUGCUUUUAGUGAUGAAACCACCCAAUCUACAGCCUCUGAACCCAGCCUGCAGACAAACUCCUCAAGGUCUGUACUUGACAGUGAAGAUGAGCUCAGUACUGAGUGGGAAGAACUAAGUCCAACAGAUGAACAAUUACAGGAUAAUAAUGAAUUUUGUACAUCCAGUGCCACACUCUCUUAUCCUAGCUCUGUCACAGACACUAUAUCAGACUCUAUACAUAAUUCAAAGUCCAGGCCACAGUAUACCCUGUUGUCUGCUGAGGCAGUAGCCAAAAGCUUGCUGCAGAAGUUUGCAAACCAAAAACACCCAGCGGCAUGGGAGCUGCAAUGGUUAGUAUCAUUUCAAGAUGCUCCUCAGUCCUUGCUUCCUUUACCAGAUACUGUGGCUGUGGCACCAGAUGAUGUGCUCCAUGUUGAGGCAGUGGAGAAUAAACUAAUGUCCAGACAAAACUCAUUGCCAAGCCGCAUUCGGGGAAACUCAGAAUGGGCCCCUCCACGGGCACAGAUUAUUUUUCAUACUCACAAACCCCCCAGGAGAAAAGAAAGUAUGAGACAACAAAACUUCAGAUGUGCAGGUUGUGGUAUGGCAGUCUCUCCAGAUUACAUGAAGCGAUUUCGGUACUGCAACUACUUGGGAAAAUAUUUUUGCAGUACUUGUCAUAAUAAUGUAUUGGAAGUGAUCCCUGCAAGAGUUUUAAGAAAAUGGGACUUCACCAAAUUUGAGGUCUCUAAUUUUGCCCGUGACUUACUGCACAGGAUACGCUUUGAUCCUUUGUUUAAUCUGAUGGAUCUCAAUCCCUCAUUAUACAAGCGUAUCCGUGUUUUGGAACGAUUGAAGGACAUCCGUAGACGACUUCACUUUUUCAAGUCCUUUAUUCAAACGUGCCGUAAGGCUAAAAAAUUGGCAGAAGAGUUCAACAAGAUUUCAGAUCAUAUUUGUGGAGAACCACACGUUUAUUCCCUACACGACCUUUUGCAGGUGCAUGAUGGGCACUUAUACCAAUUUUUGGAUAAAUUAGCAAUGGAAUCCCUCAAUCAUAUAAAUCAUUGUCAGCUGUGUCUUGCCAAAGGAUUUAUUUGUGAAUAUUGCAAGGAUGGAGAUGACAUCAUAUUUCCUUUUCUGCUGAACAGAGUUGUACAAUGUACAGGCUGUCGAGCAUCAUUUCACAAGGAAUGUUUUGUAGAAGGGAAAUGCCCAAAAUGUGAAAGGAUACGUAUAAGGAAACAAUUGUUAUCUGAAGCUGUCUCAUCAGAGGAAGAACAAACCUUUGAAUAUGCACCCUCUAGAUUUGUCUAACUUGUCAGUAUUUGAGAUUGUAUUUAAUACAGAAUCAAAAAGAUAUAAUUUAUAUACAAAUCCAGUAAAGUUAAGUAAAUAAAUAUGCAGUCAAAUCAAUAGAACCUUAUCACUUAGUAGUAAGAAUGAAGGUCAAACCUGAUCAGUGUAGCAAUCACUUGUCAAGGUUCCUGAAAUUUCUCCCUUCAUUAACAGAUAAUUCUGAAAUUCUUUUGUUGCUUUAUUAAUAUCACCCAUGGUUUCACAACUGACUCUUUCUUUUCUGAAGUAUAUUGUAACAUUUUUCCACCCAAUACCUUUUGAGGAUGACCACUUAAAACAGGUUUGCCUGUAUUGGAUAAGGGGCUUAUCAUCUAGAGCCUUUGUAAGUAAAUCUUAAAUGUAGUCUUCGCAUCCAGUGUGAUUAUUCAAGCAACUGUAAGACUGUUAGUGAGCAGGAAUGAUGCAAAGUAUUAUUUUGGGGAAGGUUAAAUUUAAAAAAAUGUUCUAAACCAUUUUGGUCCUCUCUACAAUAAUUAUUGGGCUCAUGGAAAGGAAAUUUAAAAGUCAUUGCUUAAAAAAUGGGAGUCACAGAGGAAGUGCUUGAGUUUUGGGCGGACAAAGCAAAAACAGGUAUUUUUAAAAGGCUGUAGUUUUGCUACAGCAACAUAAACUUCUGUAAUGAAUGAUACCAUUAGAAGUAAUGGACAUUUUCCCUUACAAUUCAACGGAAAAAAACAGUUGUGGGGCUACGAUUCAUUAAAAAAAAAAUUAUUGUUUCUCAAAGCAAUGAAACCGUUUCUGUCCAUUCCUGUUUUCAUAGGGUGAACCCAGUUUUACUAAUUGAUAUUUUCUCAAUGUAAAACUUAUGGCAUGCAUCAAGUACAGAUUAAGAAACUAACCCAAAAAGAAAAAUAAGGUGGCCCAUAUUGGGAUGUAUAAAGUAAUUCAAAACAUUUACAUCUGAGUCACUUUCAAGGAAAUAGCAAUUGUAAUUUUGUACAACAAGAAUAAAUUAUUAAUAAAUGGUUCCUUUUUUCAUACA